CAAAAUUUCACAAGUCUUUGUCUCUUCUCAAACACACGGUUUAGACUUUUAGUAGAAAGAAACAUGAAAAGCUCCUUCACAUUCACCAUCUUCUUCUUAGCUCUUCUCUUUACCUCUGGUGUGGUGAUGAGUGCAAGGAUACAAGAAAGCACAAACGAUAUAUUGAAGCCUAUAACAUGCAAUACCAAUGCAGAUUGUGCCAAGUUUUGCAAAGGUCCAAUCCACAACUGUGUCUAUCAUACUUGUCAAUGCGUACCCGGAAAUCCUCAUUGUUGCUAGAAACACCCCAACACAUUUUCUGAUUCAACAUCUUUUAUGUUGGAAUUUCCAACACAAAAAUAAAUAAAACUAUGUUUCCUUUGGUCAUCU